AGAAAAUCGUCAUCCCAAACACGAUACCGAAUACCCCCAUAUCCGAAGGUGAGCCAAGACAUGAUCUAAGCAAUUACAACUACACAUAACAAACGAGUAAACGACCAAACAAAGUCAUCAAAACAACUACAUAAAGCAAAAAUAUCAUCUAUUUUUUCUUUUGAUAAAUAUGGGUCAACUUUAGAACUAAUAAGAAAGAGCAAAAGAAUAAAGGUGAACUUUAGAAGAACAUAGAAGGGAUGGUUUAGGGCCAAACGUACAAAUCCGAAGAGAAAACAUUAAACAUCACUACAUCUAUUCUCUUCUCCCUUAACCCACAAUCUGUAGAACAAAUCUUAUCGAGGUCAUUUCGGUUAAACUGUUUCAAAAAAUCAUUUCUCAGAUCAAUAUCAAAACAUGUAGAACUCUUCGAGCGCAAUUGUAACAAUUUUUUAGAGGAAGUUAGCUGCUGGUUGCCUGCUUUGCGUUGUGCCAACAUUUCAAGAAGAUUGGUGGUGUGGAAUGAUGAAGAACAGAGGACGUGUAAGGUGGGAUGAGACUAACUUGGGAGACAUCGAGAAAAAUAAACCCGUAAGGCAAAAGAUCACUGAGCCAAAGACGCCAUAUCACCCUAUGAUUGAAGAUGAUGGUUCUCUGUCUCCUAUACGUAGUGCCUUUGACGAGUGUAUUGCUGAUGCUGAGCAUGCUGAUGCCAUACGCCAUGCCUUGGACGAUGUAGCUUCUUCUAGUGGCAAGAAAGCUAACGGAUCUGGUGGCUGGACCUCGUCUGAGGAUGAAGGAGAUGUUAUGGAGCAGGAUGAUGAAGAUUAUGAAAUCUGGAAACCAGAACUUGUGGCUAGAACGGUCAUAAAAUUUCUUCUAGCUUCUGGGGAGCAGACUUUUCGUGACAUCGAAAGGGCCCUUGGCUUUUGGUAUAUUGGCCUUAUUUGGAAAAAGAAUCCUGAAUUCGGAUCAAUGGUUAGGAGUGUUGACACAAAAACUAAUGUUCUCAAAUUUCAACUGAAGCUGUCAAUAGCAGUUCAGAAAUCUAGUCUCGUUUUGACACUCAUUCUUUGUGCCCCUACCUGCAUCAGAAGCUUUUUUUUUACUUUUUUGGGUGGGGUGUUUUUUUUUUUUUUUUGGGGGGGUGGGGGGGGGGGGGCGUGUUAAUCAUGCUAAUUCUUUACGAUAAAGACUUUCAUGGACCUGGAAAAGUGGGCAACUCGGCCAAUCUAUCAGGUAUCGGAGAUUACAUUGGCAUAUAGCUUGUGUGCUUACCUAUAUUAGUCAGACACGGAUUAAGUGUCAACUUGGCUACGGGUGUCCAGAUAUCCGACUCGGUUAUGUUGUAGAAAAAUUCAAGUUCUUAGUUUAGAAUGAAGUAUCCAAGUGAAGUGUCGUGUCGGACACCACACGUGAUUUUUGAGGUAAAUGAAGGUGUCGGUGUAACAUAGGUGUUUACUAAGUUUCCACUUAUAAUGUGAAGAAAGGAUAUAAAGACAAAGACCAAAAUCAAGUGCACUGAUGGUGGCUUCCUCAGGGGUACCAGAAUACAAAUACGAGUAUGAGACAACUGAAAUGUCAUCAGAUACGUAAGUUUUACGUAAAUAAAGCUGAGAUGUUAGAAGGUUACUAGUCCUAAUAUGGUCUUAACAGACAUACGAACAGGUGUGUUAAACCUAGGUUUUCCUGAAAUGCCAUUAUAUGAGCCCUAAACAUGGCAAGUUAUGUUGGCAGGUAUUGGACAAUUCUAGUUUUUCCACAAUAGUGUUGGACCUGGUGGUCAUUGCUUCAUUGGUUUCAUUUUUGAAUCACUUCAGGUCUUAAACUAUUAUAUAAUAUCUCUUUCUGGUGAAAUGGGCUCCAACUUCUUUAAACAAUGGUGGAAUAAAGGGAGUGCUACAAUAGGCCAUGCCUCCCUAUAAUUGUGGAUAUC